AUCUCUGCCCUGAUGAGACCUCCGGUGUUAAUUCUACUUGUGCUUGUCAGUGGGGUGAUCAGUUGUCAGUCGGGAUGCAAGUGCCCAACGAAAACGACGGCCGUCUGCAAAGGUUCCUCACUCCGAUCGAUUCCGAUCCUCCUGGAUCCCCGCACAACCGUACUCGACCUUUCCAACAACCGAAUUUCCCGUUUGUCUGCCGACGAAUUAAGUCUUUAUCCGAAUCUGGAGCAACUCAUCCUGCAUAACAACUCGAUCACCCAUCUCUCUGCAGACGUCUUCUCCACACUUCCAUCUCUUCGAGUCCUCGAUCUCUCUUCCAACAGUCUUUUGUCACUUCCAAAUGAAGUAUUCUCAAAACUCAAGAAUCUAAAGACCCUCAUCAUCUCCUCCAACGAUGUACAACUCGGACCUGAAUGCUUUGCCGGGCUCUCCCAACUGCAAACUCUUUCCAUUGCCGAUAACCGUCUCUCAUUCCUUCCUCCAUCGGUUUUAAAGCCUCUUUCGGGACUUCGAAAUCUCGAUUUGUCUGCAAAUAAGCUCCUGUCAAUGCCGGCGUCUGUUAUGAAUAACCUGGGAGGCUUGGAGACUCUCAAGCUGAAGCAGAACCUUCUGUCAAGUCUCGAAACUGGAAUGUUCCUCUCACAAAAAGAGCUGAAGCAUCUGGAUGUGAGUGAGAAUCUCAUUGGAGACAUUGAAGAGGGUGCUCUCUACGGGCUCGAGAAGCUGGAAACCCUGAAUUUGACGAAUAACCAGCUGGUUCGACUGCCAGGAAACACGUGGUCCCUGCCCGCUUUGAAGACUCUCGAUUUGUCGUCGAAUUUGUUUGUUUCACUGGAAACCGCGUCGUUCGAUGGGCUUCCCGCGUUGCAGUAUUUGAAUAUUUCACAUUCAAGGAAUUUGAAAACGAUUCAGAUGGCCACCUUCGUCCAGCUCUCCUCACUCCACUGGCUCUCGAUCUCAUCAUCAGCUCUCACCCACAUCCAUCCAUCAGCCUUCAACCCGAUCCCUCCACUCUCCCAUCUGGAUCUCUCGAACAACGAGCUCCGUUACGUGGCUCCAGGAAUGCUCCAAUGGCCGAACAUUCGCAAUUUGCACUUGGCCAACAACGACUGGCACUGCUCCUGUGAUCUCCGCGUCUCAAAUCUCAACCCACGAGACGACGCGAAAUGCUCGGGACCCGAAAACCUGGCCGGCGCACCUAUCAACGAACUGAGCUCCUGCAGUAUUCUAGGAGGGCUCUUGAUUCCAUUCCUUUUGGUGCUCUUCAUCCUUCUCCUGGCUCUGGUGAUUCUGGCUCUAGCUUGUAAGAAGUCCAAGCCGGUUUCUCUGAAGAACCGCGCAUUCUACAAUGAUCAAUUGAUUGCCGCGUUGAACUCUCACAAGGAGUACUCCUUCGAUUGUCAUUCACCGUACACGAUGAGCUCCGAGGAUUCCCGGGAUUCAGCCUACGAGUCGCCAACAUCUGCUCUGAUGCCUCGUCGUCCACCACCAUCCUGUCCACCUCCACCAAGGCUCCUAACACUUCCGAGGGCCGGGCCAACUCAUGUAGCGCCACCGAUGGUUCCAGUUCCAAACUUUCGAAAUUCAAAUGACCCCUACUUGAUUCCAAAGUCACAAGUCCCAAUUACAAGACUCUAGAUUUUCAGGCUUUCAAGCCCAAAGCCCCCUCCCAACCCCGGUGCAAAAAACAUCCUUUCCUCUUUCCCGUCAAACUGGUACUUGCCAUUCCACUGAAAUGUUCCGAUUGUUCAAACGAGUCUCUCACCCCUCAUCAGGUUGUUUUUUAACUUUUUUAAUAACUUUUUUUUCUUUAAAUCAAAUAAAUUUAUUA